AUGGCUGGGACAAGCGCUAAAGAGGAUGGUGCUACAAGCGAAGCAAGUCCAUCUCUCUUCCAAGGGAAACAAUUCUGGUUGUCGCACAACAUUCCCCAAAGGAACCGGUUCAAGGAAAUUAUUGAGCUGAUUUGCUUAUGGCAACAUGGUGGCAUCAUACGGUUACAUGAGAAGGAUGCGGACAUCAGAUUGGUCGAUCACAAGAGGAAGAACCUGCCUUCUGACGCGUACUCGUUCAGAUUUGUCGAAGACUCAUAUCGCAAAGGAAAGUUGCAAAAUUUAGAAAGCUACAGAGCUGGACCUUCUGCAGCACGCCCGGUAGGGGCUACUAAUAUUCCCACAAGAGGACAUAAAGUCUACUAUACUCUCGAAGAUGACCAACUCCUCUGGGACUGGAUGCAACGUUACGAGCAAAAUCCAAAGGCAUCUAUAAGAGGCAACAAGAUAUAUCAAGAACUGGAAGCAAAGAAUCCUAGACACACUUUUCAGUCCUAUCGAGAUCGAUAUCUGAAGAAGCUCAAAGGGCAUCCAAGACCAGGUGGUAUGCCAGCACCCACGGGCCCACCUGCAUUUAAAAAGGACCCCACCGCAACUCCACCUGCUCGCGCGCCUCGAUCUGAGUCUCGCGAUAGGUCCCCCGGGGGUCCCGAAUCUACUGCUAUCAAAGGGAACGAAAAGAAAAGGAAGCGAUCUUCAGGACCAAAUACGCCAGAUGAAGAGCGAGCUGACAGGGUCAACGAGCCAAAUUCGAAGAGAAGGGCCAUCGAUGUUAACAACAACCUCCCGGACCCUUUUGUCUCCCAUGUUGAAGCAGGAAAGGCUGCAAAAUCACAGGACAUGCCGCCUCCCUCAACACCACGCAAUAUUCAGAAACAAAAAUUGAAAGCAAACGAGACAGGACAACGUGGGGUGCCUAAAGAACAGCAACCUUUAGCUCAGAGUCCUUCUCUAGCGGGCACCUUGUUGCUAGAGCUUCCCUUCUUGCCAUCGGAUGAUGAGCCGGAAGAGGACGAAUCUGAGCAGGACAUUGACACGUGGAUCGAUGAUCGUCUCCGAACGGGAAAAGCGAGCAGUGAGGAACAGAUACUCGAAGCGUUGCGGUGCACUAGUAUGGAUCCACAUUUAGCUGACAAGGUCCUGGCUUUCUUGGUAGAUGGAAAAGCCGUACCGGAUAAUAUGCCAGGGGUAUGGACUCCUGAGGACGACAAGUGUGUGGAGGGAAGUGAGACUCGAGGCAUUCAACGAGUCAUGGAGAAGCAUGGCUCGGAGGCCUUCAAUUCCCGAUGGGAAUACCUUAGCAUGGCCAGAGCCGCUGGUCUUGUAGAUACCCACAAAUAGAAUUGUCGCAAAUUGGACAGUUCAGGGACGCGAACUAAAGUACAUGAAGACUAGGACGCCCAAGACGAGACACAAGGAGAGAAAGAUCUGGAAACAAAAAUUGAUACCAAAAGUAAAGGAAUGGUGUGCACAGGCUCAUGGAGGCCUGGAGCUACUGAUCCAAACCCCAUUAUGUUCCUCAUCGGUUCUUCUUCGCAGGAGACCCCGAUCGCAGUCCAGGUCAGGACCAUUGCUCCAAAGGGCAUUAUCUUACAGAUAGGAUAGAUAAAACCCGGUGGUAAAACUCCACCAAAACACCCUAUAUGCGUAAUCCUUCAACUAUUUGGCAGAUAAGCCUAUCGUAAAUUAGAAGAUGAUAGAUGAGAAUCCCGGGCUCUAAAAAAAAAAACCGACAGGCCCAACUUGACUGAGCUGGUGUUUCAACCAUCUUUGAAGACCCUUUUGUGAAAUGUUAGGUAAAGUUUCCAUUAUGUGGUAGUGAAGGAG